AUGGAUUUCUUUAAUUCUGGCAAUGGCGGAAGUAUGUCUAAUAAUGACAAUGAUAGUUUCAGAAACAUGUUUGGAAAUCAAUCCUUUGGACAAAUAUCCGAUAAUCAAAGCAGUAACGAUAACUUUAACAAUUUUUCCAACAACCAAACACCUUUUGAUUUUAAUCUAACCAAUGACGGUUCGAAUCUGAGCGUUAAUAGUGGUAGUGGUAGUGGUAGUGGUAACAAUAACAAUAAUAAUAACAACAAUAACAGUAAUAGUUCAAAUAAUAUGAACGUGAAUUUGGGAAUAGGUGGUAAUUUGUCGCCACAGGCAAUCUUAUCAAAGGGUUCGAUAUUAGAUGGAGACCAAAUCCCAGCUAAUGCUCAACAGAUGUUCAGACAAAAUAGUAAACAAAGUACCGGGAAUGGAUCUCCUAACUUUGCAAACAUUAAUCUGAAUAACCCAAAUAUGUUCAACAAUUCAACACUGUCACCUCAAUUAUCGAAUUCUCAAAAUCCGUCAACACCACAACAGAUAUUGUUAAGAAAUAAUGCUCAGAGCCAAAAUAAUUUAAAUAAUGCUCUACAUGGUAUUAGUGGAAUGACACCAAAUCCAAUGUCCCAAUUAUCAAACCAAGCUUCUCCAAUGGAUGUUCAAUCACCGGCAAACAACAACAAUAAUAUUAAUAUGCAAAGAAACGAUUUUUCUCAAAUGAGCAAUAUCAAAAAUAAUGAAACUCAUAGAAGUUCUAGUAAUAACAGUCAUUCAAUGGGAUCAAUACAUGAUACAUCUCGUAGUGGAAAUACGUAUCAAGACAGGGCUGCAAUGCUUGCCUCUAUGCAACAACAGAGAGCACAAACGUACCAACAACAACAACAGCAACAACAGCAACCACAACAGCAGCAGCAGCAAUUACAAAGACAACAAUCUGCAAGUGGUGGCAAUAAACAACAAAUGGGUCAUGGGAGAAUGACUGCACAACAGUUACAACAGGCUCAACAGCAGAAAGCAGUAUUACAAAAUUUAAGUCCUGCACUUCAACAAAGAAUAUCCGCCGAGUUAAGUAACAAACAGUAUGAACUGUUUAUGAAAUCUCUUGUAGAUAACUGUAAAAGAAUCAGCAUUCCAAUGACUAAUAUUCCAGAGAUACAAGGAAGAAAAGUUAAUCUCUUUUUUUUGUAUAUCCUAGCACAACGUCUCGGUGGUGGUGAACAAGUGAGGAGAAAUCAAUUAUGGCCUCAAAUAUCGUUGAAAUUGCAAUUAGGUGAUCCUCAACAAUUAGAAGCGAUAUAUUUUAAAAUAUUACAUCCUUACGAGAAGCAUAUGAGUUCACCAGAUGGUACGAAAGAAUCACAAGCCAAAAGAGCAUUUUUGCAACAAUUUUUACAAGAACUAUUAAAAAAAGUUCAACAACAAUUCGGAAAUCAAAUAGGUAACCAAACACAGAUACGCUCCUCAACUGGGGUAAAUUCUCCAAAUUUAACUCAACAGCAAUACUUGAAUAAUCAACAGAAUCAACAGAAUCAGCAGCAAUUACAGCAACAAAUGUUGCAGCAACAACAACAGCAACAAGCCAUGCAAUUACAACAGCAGCAGCAGCCACAGGCGACGAAGAAUAAGAAGUCUAAGACGGCUGCUAAUAGUGCAAAUGCUGCUAAACAAACUGCAGCUGUUGCCACACCUACAACAACGAAAAAAGUAGCAAAGAAACCACGGAAACCAAGACAGAAGAAGAAAACUAAGAAAGAACUGGAACAAGAACGCAAGGAUCAACUGGAAAAGGAAAAAGAACAAAAGAGAAUUAUGGAUGAAAUGAAAAAACAACAAAAAGCUAGUUUGGACAGGAGAAUCAAGGAAAGAUAUCAAAGAGAAAUGGCGAAAUUACCGAAAGUCUAUAAAAGGAGUAUGAUAAGGAAUUAUAAGCCAAUUGAUCAACAUCUUGAAUUUAUUAAUGGUUACGAUAUUAACUAUAUAUCUAAUGUCGGCGAAAAGAUUGACGGAAACAAGCCUAUUUACCUUUUUGCUCCAGAAUUAGGAACAAUAAAUUUGCAUGCCCUUUCAAUGUCGUUACAAUCUAAUAAUUUAGGUGAAAUAAACUCUGCAUUAAAUUCAUUGCUGGUGGCAAGUGCUGAUGGUACUUUAGUUAUUCCAUUAAAUCAAUACCCACAUAUACUAAAUUCCAUCUGCAUACAUGGUAUUAACAUAAUCAAGGAUCUCUGUAAGAACUGGGAAACGCCUAAAAAAUUAAGACAAAAUCAAACAAGUUCAACUAAUCAUUAUUGUGAGGAGUACGACACUGAAAAAUAUCUAAAUCGGAAUACUAUAGGAAACAAUAAGUUUUCUCAAAAAAUAGAUGCAAUUUUUGAUUUUUACACAAAACAAAAAAGUAAAAACAAUGAUAAUGUCAUAACUGUUGAUUCAUUAACGGGUAUUGAUAUCGAACAGGAUGAAUCUGCUUCUUCUCCUGCAAGCUCCAUAUACGAUGAAGAUGAACCAAACUCCUCGAUUGAUAUAGGUGCAUAUUUAAACGAUUGGCAAAAGAAACAGCAACACCCUAGAAAAUGGAAAUACUUACCAGAUAGACAAUGUUUCUCACAUAUUUCUCAUUUAGAAGAUGUAAAUCUCUAUUUUCCUUCUUAUAUGGAAUCAUUGAAGAAAAUCAAACAAGAGGUUGACAAUCCGUUUACGAAAGUCAAUACAAGAGAUGCCGAAGACCCUAGAGUAUUAAUUAUCGAUCAGCUAUCGACAAUAUCUAUGAUUCUAAGAAAUAUAUCAUUCUCAGACGUCAAUGCUAAUAUUAUGUGCUCUAGUCACAUGUUAAAGAGACUUUUGUCGGAUAUGAUGUGGUUAUUAUUUUUUGAUAACAAUAAGAUAAUUUUUGAAAGAAAACUUUUAAACUUCAAAAAAGAUAUAAUAAUCAUUUUAUCAAAUAUCUCACAUAAUUUAAAAUUGGAUUCUGAAUUGGAUGCAAUGGUUCUGUUAUUGCUAAUCUUAAGUUUUGGUGAACCAAAGAAAUCCCAGAACGCGGAUGCUGCAGAAAAUGGAAUUUCCUAUUCAGAGUAUUCUGUAAGCUGGGGGAAGUAUCAAUCUUUCGGUGUAGACAUCCUGGCAAAAAUAUUGUCUUUAGGCCAUCCAAAUCGUAAGUUUAUGCAAUCGAUUCUUUUAGGACAGUUCAACGAGGCUCGAAAGUCUAAGAAUAUUGAAAUUGUGAAGUAUAUUAUUAAUAAAUAUAACAAUGGAAACAAAACAAAAUUGAUGAAUGACCUUAUUUCAUUUUUAAUAUCAGUCAUUCCUUUUCAACAGGUAACUGUUCAACCGUCAAUUAUUGAUGAAUACUCACCUAUUAUUUUGCAAUCAUUGACAUCCAUUUAUGAGAUUGUUAAGUUAAUUGAUUCUAAUCAAAGUUCGAAACCAACGCAAGACAAUAAACAAGGUACUUUAGAAUUUUACGAUCUUCCAUUGCAAUGGCUAAUGACAUAUGAAAAUAUUGGUGUAUGCUUCAGGAGACUGUACGGUUUCUUCCAAAAUUUAACAAUGCAAAGCAAAGACGCGCCUGUGAUAUACAAAAUGAUAAGUUGUAAAACAAUAAAGUUGUUGACGUUAUUAUUGGACAAAUGUGCCAUUGAUAAAGAUGCAUGCGAGAAGUUAAUUAGGAUUCCGAAUUUGUUGCCUAGUGAAGUUGAAUUUUUCACUGUUUUAAGUAAUCCAAUUGUAGACCUCGACUUCGCAGCCGAAAUUCAGUUGUUUUAUAACAUUAGACAAGGAAUUUUCGAUAAAAUAUAG